GAGACACUGUCGUCGUCACACAACACCACUUAAUUCGAGCAAACUCCAUAGCUAGCUAGAGAGAGAAAGCAAGAGAAAAAGAGUGAACUUAACGAUGUCGAAAGAAGUGAGCGAAGAGGGACAAACCCACAGCCAUGGAAAAGACUACGUCGAUCCUCCACCAGCUCCGCUUCUCGACAUGGCAGAGCUCAAAUCCUGGUCUUUCUACAGAGCUCUUAUCGCUGAGUUUAUCGCUACACUCCUCUUCCUCUACGUCACCGUCGCAACCGUCAUCGGCCACAAGAAGCAAACCGGUCCAUGCGACGGCGUCGGUUUACUCGGGAUCGCUUGGGCCUUCGGUGGUAUGAUCUUCGUCCUUGUCUACUGCACCGCCGGUAUCUCUGGUGGUCACAUUAACCCAGCUGUGACUUUCGGUCUGUUCUUGGCCCGCAAGGUCUCUUUGGUGAGAGCUGUUGGUUACAUGAUAGCACAGUGCCUUGGAGCCAUUUGUGGUGUGGGUUUCGUGAAAGCUUUCAUGAAAACUCCUUACAACACUCUCGGAGGAGGAGCUAACACCGUAGCUGACGGUUACAGCAAGGGAACUGCUCUCGGAGCUGAAAUCAUCGGAACUUUCGUCCUUGUCUACACCGUCUUCUCUGCUACUGACCCUAAGAGAAGCGCUCGUGACUCUCACAUCCCCGUUUUGGCUCCACUUCCAAUUGGUUUCGCUGUGUUCAUGGUGCAUUUGGCUACCAUCCCCAUUACUGGAACUGGAAUCAACCCAGCUAGAAGCUUUGGUGCUGCUGUUAUCUACAACAACAAGAAGGCUUGGGAUGACCAUUGGAUCUUCUGGGUUGGUCCAUUCUUGGGAGCACUAGCGGCAGCAGCUUACCAUCAAUAUAUAUUGAGAGCUGCAGCAAUUAAGGCAUUGGGUUCAUUCCGAAGCAAUGCAACCAACUGAUGAAGAUGGCUUAAAAUGUCAAGAAACCACUUUAGAUUUAUGAUGCUUUAUUAUUAUUUUGUGUGUAUUGAGAGAGAACUCAAUUUGGGUGUGGAUGAUGUUGAUUAUGAAAUGGGGUCUCUAUGAUUUCUUUCCUUCUUUUGAAUCCAACUUUGUUAAUUUCAAUAGUUUAGUUCCGUGUGUGAAUCAUUUUCCAGAGUUUUCUUUACGUUAUUAGUCUAUCUUUUUUCUCUUCUACA